AGUCCCCGCAUUGGGAUGCGGCCCGGAGACACCCUGAGUCUUCAUUCAGGGUCUCGAUCUCCUUCUGGAGGGUUCGACUGGACCUAUAUUGGUCCUGCCGGGGAGAAGAGCUGGCCCAAGAACUACCCGUCUUGUGGGGGCCUGAUGCAGUCCCCAAUAGACCUGCACAGUGACAUCCUCCAGUACGAUGCCAGCCUGGUGCCCCUUGAGUUCCAGGGCUAUAACGUGUCUGCCAAUGAGCAAUUAACCCUGACCAACAAUGGCCACUCAGUGAAGCUGAAGCUGCCCCCGGGCAUGCAUAUCCAGGGCCUGCCAUCCCGCUACAGCGCCACCCAGCUGCACCUGCACUGGGGGGACCAGAAUGACCCCCACGGCUCCGAGCACACUGUCGGUGGGAAGCACUUCGCUGCCGAGCUGCACAUUGUCCAUUAUAACUCGGACCUGUACCCCAACGCCAGCAUCGCCAGUAAUGAGUCAGACGGCCUCGCUGUCCUAGCUGUUCUCAUCGAGAUGGGCUCCUUCAAUCCUUCCUACGACAAGAUCUUCAGUCACCUUCAGCACGUGAAGUACAAAGGCCAAGAAGUGCACAUUCCCGGCUUCAGCAUUGAAGAGCUGCUGCCCGAGAGGCCGGCCGAGUACUAUCGCUACAGAGGGUCCCUGACCACGCCGCCCUGCAACCCCACGGUGCUCUGGACGGUGUUCCGGAACCCCGUGCACAUUUCCCAGGAUCAGCUGCUGGCUCUGGAGACAGCUCUGUACUGCACACAUGAGAACGACCCAUCCCCCAGGGGAAUGGUCAACAACUUUCGGCGGGUGCAGAAGUUUGAUGAGAGGCUGGUGUACAUCUCCUUCCAACAAGAGCGAGACCUCACCUACGCAGGACUGAGCCUGGGAAUCAUCCUUUCGGUGGUCCUGGCUUGCAUUCUUGGCUUCUGCAUCGUCCUGGCAGUAACCAUCUGGCUUUUCAGAAGGAAGAAGAGCAGCAAGAAAGGUGGCAGCAAUAAAGGCGUCAUUUACAAACCGGCCCUCAGGAAGGAGGCGGAGGCCCACGCCUGAGGUCCUGGCGCUGCAGGCGCCGAGGGAGGACUUCGCUUUGGAUGCUUACACGGCGGCUCUUUGGACACUUGAACUACCCGAAGGUUCUAUGCAGCUCACCCCCCAAACACCCCAGACCCGUGGGGGCCUCUAGCUGGGUGCCCCCCACCCUGAUGCUCGGCCUCCCAGGGCGAUCGUGGAUGGGAGAGCUCGCCCAGGAGCAGGAACUCGGAGCUGUGUGCUUCAUCUGUGUGAGACCAGAGAGGUCUGGACUCUGGGGACACACCCCACGUCACCUGUGGGGGCUGUGAUAAUUGAACGUCACUUUUCUCCAGGGGUUCACUCAGGUGUGGUUUCUAAAGUCCUGGAAGGCCCGCUCCUUGUCCAAGAUUUCACACCAGCGUGUGCGCAUGUGCACCCUCUACUUCGUUGUGCUUUGGAGACUCAAGUCUUGCCUCAGGGAAGCCGGUGUUGUCUUCCUCCUGCUGUGACACGACCUUUAGUCUGACCUUGGGGGGGGGGGCGGAAGCACAGGGUCAAGGUGCCUGAGACAAAAGGAAGGGGAUAUUCUUUGAAAGAUGGAAGAGGCAUCUUCCCAGUCCUGUCCUUGGGGUCAGACACGCCGACUAGACUGCAGAGAGCAUGGGAGACAAGGUCUGAGGAAUCUUGGAAGCUGUGAGUGUGAGAAGGUCAGGCUAGGAAGCCCAAGCCCGACCGCCCGUCGCAGGGCAGUGAGGGUUUAUGCUCCAUAGAGUUUAUCAAUAAUUGGGCUAUCCCUUGAAAAUGUGCUGUUGCUUUCUCUCUCCUGGAGCAGACGUGCAUUCUGAGAACCUAGGAAACAGGCAGAAGCAAAGUGGUUGAUGAGCUUUGUCCCUUUUGCCUAAAUUUCAUUUCUGCCUCCUUCGUGGGAGUGGGACUUGGCUACUUCUCUGACCCUGAGGAUCGAGCCACAGCUUAGUUAAAAGAUAUUUCAAAGUAUGACAGCAGGGAGUUAUCUGUGCUGGGCUGGCAGCAUGGGAUGUAGGGACCAAACCGAAGGAAUGUUCCAAAGAUCCCUCAUGGUCUUCCCCCCAAAUCCCAAAGGCAGUUCCUGAGGAGACAACUCCUUCACUGUCCCCUCCGAUGCAAGAGCCCAGGAGACCAGUGAGUCCCAGGCCCGAGGAGGGGCCCCACCGCAGCCUCUCAGGUCAGCACCUCCCAGUUCACAGAACCCGCGGGUUCCCAGCCUCAUCUGACAGCAUGGAAUGUCCUCCUGAAGCACGGGUCCCUUCUGUCCUCUUUCCCUCCUGCUCUCCCUCUGACGCUCACAGGUCUUCGCCACUCUCUGCUCGCACGACUUCCCUAGUGACGCCAGCCCUGUGCCUCUGCGGCUCUUGUGCCUGGCGGAGUUACAAAGGACCCCGCGGCGCCUCGGAGACGUGGGUGCUCGCGGGGCCUCCGGCAGGGCUGGGGCCUGGGGUGGCC